AUGGAUUUCUCUUUUGAAACAGUUCCAACCUUUGUGUGGGUAUUAAUAGCUAUCUAUUUUAUUUAUUGGAUUAAGAAUCCAAGAUUAAGUAAAAAUGAACCUCCAAUGGUUCCUUAUAAAAUUCCAAUAAUUGGCCAUACAUUAAAUUAUUUAAUUGAUGCCGAAAAUUUUUUGAUCGAAUGUAGACAAAAAGUGACUACUAUAGCAGGAAACGAAGCUGCUCAUGAAGUUUAUAAGCACGAUGAUACUUUUAAUUUGCUUAGUGCUACGCGAGAUACAUUUCCUUUGUAUCGUGUUUUAAAAAGUUUUGAUAAUCCUGAAACGAUGGAACGAGUAGUUAAGACAAUACGCGAAGGAAUUACUGCAAAAUUACCUUUAUACACUGGAAGAAUGCAAAAACAACUUAUGAUUUCUAUUAAUAAGGAAAUUGGAGAUUGUUCUAACCCUAAAUUAAUUAUCACAGCGAAUGGUAAUUUCUCAAGCAUGAUCGCCCGUCCAGUAGCUGAUAUUUUAGGACAGGAAAUAUCAAAAAAAGAAGACGUGAUCAAGGCUUUUGCUGAUUUUACCAAAGAUUUUGGAUCAAUUCUCGCAAUCCCUCCCAUUUUUUCAUUCAUUCAUCCAAAACUCCAUACCCAAGUUAUCACUUUACCACUUAGAUUUGGAUGGAAUCCGAUUGGGAAACAUGUGAUUACUUUAAAGAAACAUUUGAAACCUGUAUUAGAGAAAAGAUUGAAAGAUAAAGAAAUUCUUGGUGAUAAAUAUGAGCCACCUCUGGAUAUAAUCGAAUAUUUAUUGAAUAAUCCCGAAUACGAAACGAAAGUUGUUACUGAUGAUUACUUGAAUGAAAUCUGUGAAUUUUUAUUUAUCAUUAUCGUUACUUCUAUUCACACUACUUCUCGUCAUCUCACUUCUGCUCUUUAUGAUUUUGCGGGAAGACCGGAAUUAUGGGAGGAUAUUUACGAAGAACAAGUAAGAAUUGAUAAAGAAUGUAAUGGAGAAUUAUCACCGCAACAUAUCGAUAAAAUGAUGAAAUUGGAUAGUUUUCUGAGAGAAUCUUUUAGGAAUUUUGGCACUGUGGGUCGUAUUGUUCAAACUUAUUUAGCGGAUAUUCAUUACAAUACCACAGCAUAUGGACCAGAACCAAAGUCUUUCUAUCCUUAUCAUGGUUUGGAAAAUAAUUUUGCUGCAUCAAAAACUGAUAAAAAUUAUUUUACAUUUGGUUCCGGAAAACGUGCUUGCCCUGGAAGAUUUUUUGCUGUAAAUGAAAUUAAAACUUGUAUGCAUAAAUUAAUCUUAAAUUACCACAUUAAGACACCAAGUGGAAAGAUUGAAAAGAAGAUACAUUAUGGAACUAUUGCUAUGCCACCAGAUACUGGAUUAAUUUUCGAGAAUAGAAAAAAAAAUAAAAUCUAA